AUGUCUCUCUCGUUUCCCCCUGACAGUCCUUCCGCAUCUGGUAUCGCUGCGACGUCUUCCGCUCCGUUAUCGUCCUACGGUCUUUCGGAGGAGCAAACCCGCCUGUUGGAGGCUGCGAUUGCGCAAGCUGCGAGUGCGGCGCAGGCCCAAGCUGAGGCGGAAGCGCUGGAAGAGGAGGAGGAUGAAGAAAAUGGUGAUGGUGAGGAGAACGUCGAGACGGGAGCUGAGAGCGGUGGAGCUUUGACGGCAGACGUUGAAGCGACGGUGGAGGAAGAGGAGGUAGACGAUGAUGAUGACAUGGUUGAGGAGGAUAUACCUGCUAUGUCCGGUGCGGCUACGUGA